AUGCUCCAUGCUGCCAGACACCUCCUCCUCCUCCUCCUCCGCCUCUUGGCGUUGGGCACGGGGGGCUCCCCGACAAGUCCCACACCCACUUGGACCCCUGCCCGAGGCUGCUACCGGGCAGAGGAGGACGGCGAGCCAACUUUCCGCUGCAGCUACGCGGGCCUCGGUGCCAUCCCCGAAGGCAUCCCCAACGACACCCGCAAACUCUUCCUGGAUGCCAAUCAGCUGGGGGAGGUGCCCGCGGGGGCCUUUGAGCAUCUGCCCGUGCUGUCUGAGCUGGACCUCUCCCACAACGCCAUCGCCCGCCUCUCCGGUGCCGCGUUCCGGGGCCUGGAGGGCAGCCUGCGCCUCCUCGACCUCUCUGCCAACCUGCUGGCCGCGGUGCCCGCCGAGGCCUUCUCGGGGCUGCGGGCCGCCACCAACCUGUCCGCCAACCCCUGGCGCUGCGACUGUGCCCUGCAGCGGCUGCUCCGGGGGAUGAAGCUGGCGGAGGGCACGGGAGCGGGCAUCGUGUGCGCCACGGCCGACCGGCCUGAGCUCGUGGGGCGGCAGGUCCUGGGCCUGGAGGGCGAGGCCGGGCCUUGCGGGGCACGGCAGGGGAGGAGGGGCACGGAUGCCGCCCUGCUGGUGACAGUGGGUGGGUGGUUGGCACUGGUGGGUGUCUCCCUGGCCCGCUACGUGCGGCGGAACCACGAGGAGGUCCGGUGGCCCCGCUGCCCCCCACCGCAGGCUGGCUCGGAGGAGUCGUCCACCCUCAGCACGGCUCUCACCGCACUUUGA